AUGCCAAAAGAAAGAGGAAAAUCUGUAUACGACUGUGAUAUCUGUGGUAAAGCAUUCUCUGCAAAUAAUGCAUUGGCUAUUCAUAAACGCAUUCAUACAGGAUUGAAACUAUAUCACUGUGAUAUCUGUGGUAAAUCAUUCUCUCAAAGUAGUAAAGUUACUCUUCACAAACUUAACUUAGCUAAACACAAACGUAUUCACACAGGAGAGAAACGAUAUCAUUGCGAUACUUGUGAGAAAUCAUUUUCCCAAAAGGAACAUUUAAAUUAUCAGAUGACCUCAGCAUCACAGGAUUUUAAUAUAAACUACAUCAUUAGUAUUGAACGUCUUACUCAUAACACGUAUAACCCUGUUUCUAUAAAUAUAUACUGA